CGCAAAGCGCGGGGCGAAGGGCAUCACAUUGGGGUGUCCCGGCUUACCUCUGACUCUUGACCUGGGGUUGCUUGGUGUCGGCGGGAGAAGCGGAGCCUAGGCAUCGGAAGAUGGAAAACAGCAGAAGACAAUCUCUGAGGAGCAGAGCCUCUCUGAACUCAUUGGAACGGGAGGCACAGCUGGAGAAAAAGCCAAAAACGCAGCCAAAGUCACUGCAGCCUCGUAUUGAUGCCUUGCAAAGUUUCCCACUCAGGCGGAGUAUGUCCAAGAAAGUGGAAGAGUUUCUUCAGUGGCUUCAGACUCCCAGACAGCCAGCAAGGCACAGUAAUCGAGUUCCAACACCGCUGUCAGCUUUGAAAAUCCAAGAGGUCUCGUCAGAGAAAUCUCCAAGAGGUUCACCUGUCAGUGUUACACAGGACUCGCCAGCCAUUGACUGGAAGGAUUUCACUCGCAAAAGGCUCUUUCAGGGAGAAGGGAAUUACGGUGGAAACUCCAAGCCAAAGGAGCUUGAACAACUCUCCAAGGUUCAGCCUGGUGAAACUGUGAUUACAGAAUCUGAGGAGAUGAAGGUCACAGAGAAGAGGACUCUGAGGAAGUCCCAGCCUGACAGGAAAUCACCGAAAACGCCACAGUCAAGAGACAGAUUUGGUCGCUGGCUUCCGAAGGUUUUGUCUGGCAAAGGGCCGCCUGGGAAAGAUCAGAGGGAUAGAAAUCCCAAAGGCGAGCAGGAUGGCAACGUGAAGUGCAAAGCAAAUAAAGAACGCUCAUCAGUAAAGCAAACUGAAGAACCAGGUACCGAAUUAAAAAAGGUGAAGGAACAACAAAACUGCAUUCAAAGGAGAUCAUUGCGCCUUGCCAAUCUGUAUUCCAGUAAAGAGAAGGCAUGCUCACUUGACCAUAUUGAACAAUGUCAUCUUGAAUGCAAUGACAUUAAUACAGAAGAAAGCAUGAACACGGGUUGCGAGCCUGAUGUAGCUGACUCAAGUGAGACGCAACAGGUGCCAGACCAUCGUAGCAGUGUUGAAGAGGGGCUUGAAACCACGAAGGUUGUACAAGCAAUUAUGAAAGAGGCCAAUGAGGAGAGUGAAAUUUUGGAGCGACUGCCUUGUGACACUAGCUCUUUGUCUGAGCCAGCCUGUUUGUCAGUAAAGGAUACGUGUGGAAGUUUAGCACAAAGUAACAGUGACUCAGUACAGAAACAGGACUUUGGGAUUAUGACACCUAGAGCAGACUUGGUCGAUAAAGAAGUGCAGACAGUGACACCAGAACCUUUUAUACUGGCUGCAGAAGAGUUAAAGACUGAAGACCUAAAAAUGCAGGCAGAGAUGUUCGUGGAAGAUCCCUCCCCAGAGGAAUCGCAGAGUGAUGUUGUUAAAGAAAGCCCUCCGUUUAAACAAGCCCUCCAGAAUCUCAGAAACGGAAUGGAAUUCGGAGCUCUGAAGAUAGAGGAAGAGACCAGUGCAGAAGGUCAGAUAAUGGGUGAAAGAACCAGAUGGGAAGUGACGAGGAGGAAACCAGAAAGUGAUGAGGCGAAGAUAUCAGAAGCCAGUGAGAAAGUUAGAGGAGCAAAUGGCCAGGCUGAGGCGGUUGCUGCAAAUCUCCACCAGGAUGCCGAGGCUCAGUAUGUGGAGAAAAACAAGGAAACCCCCAAAUCAGCGUUACAGCUGAUUGUGAGCAACCUGGAUUCGUCAAAGAAUUUUGCUGACCUGCAGAUUGCUAUUAUCACGUUCUUCAAGGAGAGAAAGCUGUUGAUCACAUCCAUUGGUGUGAAGAAGUCGAGAAAACGUGGCUUUGUAACCUUCCAGUCUGGAAAGGACACCAGCCGAGCACUGAAAUACAAUGGGGAAGAUUUGCUGGGCCAUGCCCUGCGGAUACGCAGACCCCCGCAGAUUCCAAAGCCGGUAGCAAUUGUCAAGGGUAGAAAACGAAAGCUUAAGGACGCUGAUGGGGAGGCCUCGAUUCUGUGCCCGGCAAAGAAGAGCAACAUUCAGAAAACAACCGCAUUGACUAAGAAAAACAAGCAGGAGCCAGUGUCUCUGAUAAAAAGAAGGAAGAAAAAGCGAAAACAAAUUUCUUCCUCGGAAGCUGCUUCGACUGAGCCAAGUGGAGAAGUUGUGGAAGGCACCACUGAAGCCUCGCUUCGCCAGCUGAAGAAACGGAAACGCAGAAUAUCCACCGCAGCUUUAAGUGCGGAAAGCAAAGGUGACAAGCUGGAGGACAAGCUGUUGACGAAGGAAAAGAAGAAAAGUACCGCGAAAGCUGCUUUUUGUGAAGGAACAGAAGGGAAUGCUGCUUCUCUGCCUCAGAAGAAGAAAAAGAAGAAAAGUCAGCAGCAAGAAGUUUUCUUAAGUGACAAGCAAGCAGAGGGGGAAAAGGAGGAGGAGGAGAAGGUUGCCUCUGUGCUGCAAAAGAAAAAGAAGAAAAGUAAUGAAAAACUGGCUUUAAGUGAGAAACCGAUGGUGGAGGAGCACGCUGCCUGUGCAGAGAAGACGAAACGUAAAAAGACCCAAGAGAAAACUUCCUGGUGUCUCUACAUCCAGAAGUUGAGGUCCCAGAAUACACCAUAUGAGCUGAAGACGGCCAUUGGUGAUUUUCUAAGCGAGAGGUCGGUCCCCUUUAAAGAGAUUCAACUGGAUCCUGACAGCUGCUCCGCUCGUGUUGAACUGAACCGUGAGGGGGACCUGAAUGAAGCUGUGCGGCUCGACACUUGCAAAAUUCUCGGACAAACGGCAAAGUUAAGCAAGGUGGAGAAACUGGGAGCUCUGGACGGCAGAAUUGAUACUAGGACACUCCAUGUGAAAACCCUUCCAAGUGAAGUCUGCGCAAAAGACCUUAAACGUUUAUUUGAGAGAGUCGCUGGUGUGUGGAUAUGUCAGAACGUUGAUAAAAGGUUUGCAUUUGUCGUGUUUGAGACAGAAGAAGACUCAGCGAAUGCGCUAAGUAGCGGUGAAAUAGAAUGCAGAGGAAACCUACUCCGACUACAGCGUGCAUGUCUGACGAAACAAAAGAAAAGGAAAAUUCUCAUGGUGAAAAAUCUGCCUUACCCAAUCAGUAAAAAGUAUCUAAAAUCUAUAUUUAAUGAUGCCGAGGAUGUCCACAUGUCGAAAGGCAGCCAGUCACAAGGAACUGCCUACGUGGAGUACAAGACGGCGAAACAAGCCAAAACAGCACUGAAGGACUUCCGAAGCAGAGGUGUUCCAGGCCAGGCAGUUCGAGUCUCUUUGAUAGAGGAAGGGCAAGAGAGCCCAGGAUGCCAGUCGGACGGUUCUGAUUCCACCAGAUCCCUGUUUAUCUGGGGUCUGUCAAACCAAACAACAGUCGAAACGCUGAAAUCAACCUUCAAGGAGGCCGUGGAUGCCAGGAUACCACGGAAAACGGGAAAGAGGUUUGCGUUUGUGGACUUUAAGACGGCAGAGGCAGCUCGGAGAGCAAGAGCAGAGUUUCAGGACGUGGAGAUAGACGGCAGGCAAAUAAAGCUAUACUUCACCAACUCCACACAGUGAGGGGAAGAGGCCACGCGUGACCCGGUCACCGAUGGUGAACCCAGAUCCCACAGGAUCCCGGACCUACAGGAAAAGCCAGCAAGCAAACAAAAUGUUCUGCUAUCUGUCUCCAAAGCCCAAUGUUGCAUUCUAUUGAUUUGGCCCGAGAUUUUUGGCUUUUGCAUCCAACUGUUUUGACAGCCUGAAUUUUUUCUCUUCCCCAAGACUGCUUGUAUUUUAUAUCAAGAUGUAACCUGAGAUUGUUCAUCUGUACCUGCUAGUAGUUUAGUUUGUUCCCAGUUAUUUUUAUUUUCCUGUUAAGAUUUCCCUGUGUCCCGAAUUUGCCCUACUCAAUUCCAGUGUUGUCCCAGUCAGCCCUUAAGCUUUACUAUAUUGCUAUGUCUUACACUGACCAUUAGGGAGCAGCAGAUGACAGCGUCGAACCAGGGUUUGGCUAGUGUUGUAAGGAACGAUGAAGGCAGAAAUUGCUGGAAAAGCUCAGCCGGCCUGAGCCUCAGAAAUUCUGAGGAAGGGUCACUGGACCCGAAAUUCUGAUUUCACUGCCCAGAUCGCUGAGCUUUUCUGGAAAUUCCUGUUUUAGUUUCUGAUUUCCAGCAUCCGCAGUUCUUUCAACUUUUACUUAGUUUCUUUCGGAUCUAGCCAGACAGUGUGCUUUUACUCGGUCCCUGUCGAUUUCAGUUUUAAUCUCUGUCAGUAACUAAAUAAAAAGGACCAGUGGUGAUUUUAACUUUUUGUUUGGAUUCUACAUUCAGGGGAUGCAGAUGCCACUGUUUAGCCUGGGAUUUCUUGGCCACAAGGCAGACUGUGGGCCUGGAGUUGCAUGUCAGCUAGACUGGAUAAGAUUGCAGAUUUCAUUCCCCUGAAAUGAAAUAGAUUGUGGCUUUUUUUUUCCUUUUUGGGGAGGCAAUGGCCUGUUGGUAUUAUCAGGGGACUGUUAAUACAGAGACCCAGGUAAGGUUCUGGGGGGCCUGGCUUCAAAUUCUGCCACAAUAGAUGGUGGUAUUUGAAUUCAAUUUUAAAAAAAACUCUUGAAUUAAGAAUCUAACAAUGGCCACAAAACCAUUGCUGAUUGUUGGAAAAUCCCAUCCGGUUCACUAAUGCCCUUUAGGGAGGGAAACUGCCAUCCUUAUCUGUUCUGGCCUACAUGUGACUCCAGAUGCACAGCAAUGUGGUUGACCCCUAACUGCCCUCUGGGGAAUUAGGGAAGGGCAGUAAAUACUGGCCUGGCCAGCAACGCCCUCAUCGUACGUAUGAAUGAAAAAAAAUCAUGAACAGUAGUUACCUGGACGCUAUUAGUUUUCUUCUAUAUACUGAAUUCAAGUUUCAAAAAUGGUUAUCAUCGCUGGCUGUAAUUUGGCUGUUGAUAAUCUGUUGGAUUUCCCGUGGGCUGGAGAGAAUGUGAGAUGCUAUGGAACUUCUGUUCUG